AAAUUUUAUAGCCUCACUACGACUGUUCUGGAUAACAUCACUUCUACAACUAGAAAGGUGGCAUACCCAGUAGACAUAUCGGCAGAGGAGGCCAGGGUAGUGGAUCACUAUUUACCCCCAAAGUUCAUUCUCGGGAGAAGUGGGACAGGAAAAACUACCUGCUUGGUUUAUAAGCUAGUAGGGAGAUAUUUAUUAUCUAGAUCGGAGAGGGAAGAGCCAUUGAGACAAGUAUGUGUUUGCAUGAAGUCUAGGAUUGGAUCAUGCCCCGAUGGUGUCACGUCGGCUAAGCUAACAAUAUAGGUCUUGUUAACAAAGUCAAAGAGAUUGGUGGAGAAGUUGAGAGCCAACACUCGCGGACUGCUUGAGGCGAAAUUGGGCGAAAAGGAAAGGCCAACUGCGGGUAAUUUUGCCAAAGACGAUUUUGAUGACAACACAAGAAAGCAGUUCUUGUCACUCACCAAUGCGGAUUUCCCACUUGUAUGCACCUUUGAUUACUUGUUAAGACUUAUUGAGAAUAGUAUUAGGUUUGUUGCCCCACUUCGGAAAAGCCGUUACUGUCUGGCGACCUACUGAGCCACCCUUAGAGAACAGGAAAACCGGAAACGAUACAUGAAGAUAAACAACUCUAAAUGCACCGACGUUGUUGACUUUAGGAGGUUUAAGAUCGAGUACUGGAGACGCCUGAACCAUGGAGCCAAGAGCGCUAUUCCAGUCGAUUCAGUAUUUCUUGAAAUCAUGGGAGUCAUCAAGGGAUCAGCUUCGCCAGCCACAAACUUCGAGCCUUUAUCUUGGGAAGCAUACUCAGGGGGUCGCCCGAAAACAACUCUCAGUAUUAUCCCAGAGAGAGAGAUAGGGUAUAUUUAUAAGUUGUACGAAUCGUAUGAACAGGUUAAGAAGAAACGUUGCGACAUUGAUCAGGUAGAUAGGGUUCUCAGGGUUGCGAAGACUUUGGAGGCAUUCAAAUCCUCGGGGGUAUCAGAAGACGUUGUGUUCGAAAAGAAGAUUCGGAGCAUGCUAGACGAAGUAUAUGUGGAUGGUGAGUAAUAUCUACCGCAAAAAUGCUAGCUUUGGGGGGGGGACAUUAAAAAGAAUACAGAAAUCCAGGAUCAGCGAACGUCAGAUAUAAGAAUGCUUUUGACCCUGGUGGGCCAUCCUUGGGGCGUUCAUUUUGGUAUGGUUCUCUCUACUUUUUCCUUUUUAUCUUGACUCUGAGUUCUCACCCGUGAGCAGCAGGAGAUACUGCCCAGUGUAUAUCUAAAGACGCUCUUUUCCGGUUUCCAAAUGCGAAAGCCCUGUUUUAUGAACGCUUCAUGGAUAGGGCAUGGAAGAAGGAAGAGAUAAAGCCGGAACUGUUCCCAUUAUCGCACAACUUUAGAUCGCAUAAACAGAUUUUGAGAGUGGCCUCCUUAGUGAUGGACCUCUUGUAUAGAGGUACGCUGCUUUCCGACAUAUCCCAUUGCCUUGCGUCAUGCUUAUGAAGCGGCUUAGGCUUUCCGAGCUUGGUAGAUAAACUACCUCCUGAAGUUGGGGAUAUUUCCGGUCCUAAACCUAUACUUUAUGGUAACCCCCUCCAUACACUUACCGGUAGUUACCCUAUGUAUUAAUUUUUAAAGUUGGAGACAAUAUUACGGAUAUACUGAGGUUCGAAGAGAAAGCGGAAAACCCCCGGAACUCGGAUUCCCAGAACGGCAGGUCCACUGAAUAUGGAGAAGUGCGUGUUAUUUUGGUUCGAGAUGAAGAAACACGGGACAAGCUUCGAACCGAGCUCGGAAGGUCUUCAUUAGUAUUAACUAUUCUCCAGAGUAAGGGCAUGGAGUUCGAGGAUGUUUUACUCUACGACUUCCUUAGUACUAGCGUGUACAGCCAUAAACUAGGAAUCUUAGAAGAUAUUCAUAGGCCUGAAUAUCAAGAUGACGUGGGUAACUAAUGACUUAUAUCGUGGGAGAGAUGCUAACCAUGUCACAGAUCCUCUUCUCAGAAUUGAAGGUAGUUUAGCUCCUUAUUUUAGAUUCAACGCACCCGCUAAUUCUACGGGGGCGAAAAGCACUUAUAUGUUGGAGUGACGAGAGCUCGAAACCGACUAUUGAUAUUAGAAAGCAACAGACGUGUCUUACAGCCAAUUCAACGCCUAUUUAAUCCAACAGAAGACCAGUCACUGCUAAAGAUUUUAACGGAACAAGAUAAUGGGGUAUGUCCUGAACCCCACUGGGUUAUCAACUCUGACAUCCCUAGGUUUCGCAACUGCAUAAGCUGUUGUCUAAAGGAACGACGAUCAGUGGUUCCCUAUGGAGGGAAAUGGGGCAUCAAAUGAUUGACGACCACCAAUAUUCUGAAGUUCGUUGGUAACUUAUGUUAUGUUUUCAAAAAAAAGAAGGCUGAUUAGCUCUCCUCUAGGCUCUCCACUACUUUGAGAAUGCUGAGGAUCCAAAUGGCAUUACACUGACCAAUGCAUAUAUUGCAGAAGAAAAGGGACUCACCGACAGAGAUUGCGGGUUAUCCGAAGUGGCAAAUCUGCAUUUCGUAAAGGCAUCAGAGCUCUUCCUACAAGUCGGUAACAUCGCGAAGGCAGUUCAGUGUAGAAAGGCAGGGAGGGACCCAACGGGUGCAGUUCGUGAGUAAAUCCCAAGGAAUGAUUUAAAUUUGGAAUGCUUAAACGAUACAGAGAUUCUCGCCGAUAAUGGAGCAUAUGAAGAUGCUGCCUGGCUUGGAGCAGAAGUUGGCCUGUUUUCACAAACAAGCGAGAUAUACACUAAACUCCACAAACAUGAAAGAGCGCUCGCAGGAUACGCUCGUGGGAAACAAUCCAAAUGGAUGUUCAACUAUCUUAAAAAGUUUAUACCAGAUCUCCUUUCUUGUUUAAACCCCGGAGCUCAAAGAGGCCUUGGAAUUAUCUGACCGCUGAGAACAGGUUUAAGUCAGAGAUUGAGCCUUGCUGCUGGAAACAGUAUAUACGCCUCUAUUACUUAAGGCAAGUUAGAGAGAGCAAUACGUCUCUCGACGAGUUCGGAAGACGAGCUCUUAUUCCUACUGGAUCUCCAGAGGAGCAAGAAAUUGCAUUCUCCAGACUUCAUCUGAUGAACAAACUUUUCGACUCGCUCAGCAUUAACAGGAGAUACGUGGAGGCUGACGAUGUUGGAAUCAGUUCUGCGCUCAUGGAGAAAUCGUUUCAGUUGCUUAGUGACCAAAUCUUGUUGAAAAAUCCAAAUUGGGGACAGGGGGAACAGUUGAAAAUGAUGUGCAAGUUUCUGCAAGCGCAGAAUAUAGAAACCAAUCCUUGGCCAAGUACCGGAGGCGUGCGGGUCCAUAAAGUGCUACGGGCAGCAAGCAAGAGAGAGAGCCGACAGAUCAACUCUUUUAUCGAAAGCUGGGAAGUUAUUAAUCAAGCGGUCCAUAGCGUUGACCGGUAUAAGACGAGUGUAGAGACAAGAAUACUUUGUGAAGAGGGGGUUACUGGCUAUGUGGAUAUUCUGGUUUGUUCCUUUGAGAUGUUUAUGCGGUUCUCGCCCCUAACUCACCUAUAGGUAACCAGGAGCGCAUAUCCGAACAACGAAUUCCGGCUUCCUUUUGAUCAUAUCGAGCGCGUGCUCGAAGAUUUGAGUAAAAUCUCUUCACAUGGGACAAUACCAUCUUCAGCUCAACUCUACUGUGGGAUCUACAAGAUGCCUCGCCAACCGGGAAAGUACAUCGCCCUAGACUGGUCUCCGCCCAGCGACGGAUCUAAGCCACAACUCCUAUUUAGGCCGGUGGAUUUUGG